AAAACUAAUGUAAUUAAUUUAUUUAAAUUAAUAUUGAAAAUGUAGAUUGAAUGGGUUUUUCUGUGCAGCAAAGGCCAAGAAGUAACUCCAUCUCUUUGGUCAACAGCCAACGCAGUGUAUACUAUAAAAUUCGAAGAUGUUUAUACAUGCCUAACCUUACAUAGAUAGGUAGUUGACAAGUUCCAACUUUUCUUUAUCUUAUUCUUCAUGUAGGGCCUCUUAGUCUCCAUCUAAUCUGAUUGAUCGUUAAUUUUUCCUUUUCUUUUUCAACAACCCAUCAGCCAAUCUUCGUCUUGAAGAGGUAUACUAAGUCUAAAAAUGGGUUCUUAAUUUGAUGGUUUAAACAAUUAUUCCUCAUUUUGUCUCACUUCUAUUCUAUGCAUCUUACUGGAUCAACUGAAGCUUAAAUUAUUCAUUAAGAAUUGCAUCGGAUUGUUUUGAAAAUUCAACCAGUUAGACCAAGUAAAUUUUCUCAAGAAAAAAAAAAAAGAAUUAUUACACAGAUUAAGAGUACUAUUAAUCCAUGGAAACCGCUAAAAAAAUAUCUAACUCAAUGUGCACGCUUAGCGAAUAAUUUCUUGUAGAAUAAUAAAUCUUCAAUUAAAUUGAUAAGAAUCCAAGUAACCCUCUUUUUAUAGCAGUGGGCAGGACCAACCCAAUUCCAUUAUCAGCCUUUUAUAAAGUUUGACCUUCACCUCUCUCUCUCUUUCUCUCUUUUCCAUGCAAAGAAAAUGGGAAAUUCAGUAGGCUGUUUCAGCUCAGCCCAGGAGGAUCAUCUCACAAAGAAAACCUCUAAUUCCUCUUCCAAUGUAAAAAAAGAUCCUGCCUUCUUUUUACCUUCUCUUUCUUCUUCAAAGAAACAGAAUAAUAAUAUCGACAACAUCAACAAAGAGCAGCUUGAUGAAGAUUUAGCUGAACAAGCUAUUGCUGCAGCUAUGCUUUUUCGUCAUCAUCAAAGAAACGGCACUCUUCCAUUCCCAAGAUCCUCUUCUGUAUCUUCUACUUCUCACCAGGGAUCCAAUAAGAAGCAUUCUUUUACAAAAAGUUCCAGUUCUAGACAACGAUCUCUCGCUGAUCCUUUGUUCAAACCAAGUCAGCUUGUUAAUCAGGAUCUAAAGAUUGAAGAUGCUGAAACCAAACAUUUGAUACUUGUCCAUGGAGGUGGGUUUGGAGCCUGGUGUUGGUAUAAAAUCAUAACACUUCUAGUGGAAAGUGGCUUCACAGUUGAUGCAGUUGACCUCACUGGAUCUGGCAUCCAUUCUUCUGAUACUAAUACCAUUAUGAAUCUAUCUCAAUACACAAAGCCCCUUACUGAUAUUUUCCACAAGCUCCAUCAAGGAGAGAAGGUGAUAUUGGUGGGACAUGAUAUUGGUGGAGCUUGCAUAUCAUAUUUGAUGGAGAUGUUUCCAUCUCAGAUUGCUAAAUCUGUUUUUAUUGCUGCAACAAUGUUGCAAAAUGGCCAGAGUGCUCUUGAUGUAUUAUCCCAACAGACAGGAUCGAAUGAUCUGAUGAGACAAGCUCAGGUAUUUCUUUAUGCAAAUGGGAAGGAUAAACCUCCAACAGCUAUUGACCUUGACAAGGAGUUUUUAGCAGAUUUAUUGUUUAACCAGAGUUCAGCUAAGGACAUAGCUCUGGCAUCAGUAUCAAUGAGACCAAUCCCAUUUGCUCCACUUGCAGAGAAGCUUUCUCUUUCAGACAAGAACUACGGCUCCAUACGACGAUUUUAUGUAAAAACUCAAGAAGAUUGUGCAAUCCCUGUUUCUCUACAGGAAUCCAUGAUAGAAUCCAAUCCUCCAGAACAAGUUUUCCAGGUUAAAGGUUCUGAUCAUGCACCAUUCUUCUCAAAGCCUCAGGCUCUGCAUAGGAUUCUGAUAGAGAUAUUGCAGAUUCCACCAAAGCAAACCUAAGACAAUGGUAACAGGCAGGCAAUAAUGUUUUGGCAUCCAAGUUAGAUAUGGUCAAAGCUGAACAUGUGCCUGCAUAUGCCAUUAGUUGUUGUCCACGUGUUUUGUUCAUGUAAUGAGAACCUCCAUCUGGCAUCUUUUUGUCUCCAAGAAAGCUUAAUUUCUGUCCUCGUAAUCUUUGUUUGCUUUGAUAGGGAGCAAGAUUCAUAUUCUUGUCAUAUUAUUGAUGUAAAUAAGUGAAGACUGUGUGGACAUAAAGGAUUUUUUAUUUUAUUUUCUUGAAAUGCUAAUAAUAUAAUAAUCUGAAACAUAUGAAAUUA